AAAAAAAAAAAGAAAAAAAGCAGCCAGGCAUCAUGCGAGAGCCUGGCCCUCGCCAUCCUCCUCUUCCUCAGCAUCCUUCCUCCCGCCCCCUUGGUCCGCCCCUCCUCCCCUCCCGGGCACGCCGAGAGCCAAACCCCCGCUGAUACUCGCCGCCCGCUGCGCUGACCCCACGCAUCUCGCAGUGGGCAGGGGGUCACAGGGAGGCCGGGGUGCCGAGAGCCCGGCCCCGCUUAAAUACCUCCGCACCCGCCUCCCCAGCCGCACAACUCGCCCGGUGAGGGGCCGACAGCAGCCAGAGUCCCGCAGCAGCAGCAGCCGCCGCAGCCACCGGGGACAUCCGCGCACCGCCGCCGAGGGACACAGCAGCCACAUGCCUGCUCACUUGCUACAAGACGGGGAGUUCUCCCCUGCUUCCAGCACCACCACCAUCACCUCACGGGUGACCAAGAAUGGGAACGCCGUCGUGGAGAAGGACUUUCUCACUCAUGACGCUGUGGCAGCAGAACGAGGCAUGGUAGAUGAUCUCUUUGAUGAAACCUACCGUGAGAAGGAAGGCCCCAGGCCCCCUGUGGUAUACGUCUGGAGGAAUAUCAUCCUCAUGAGCCUGCUGCAUCUAGGGGCCAUAAUCGGGCUGACGCUGAUCCCUUAUGCAAAGAUCCAGACCUUGGCAUGGGCCAUUCUGUGUUUCAUGUUGAGUGCUCUCGGGAUAACAGCUGGAUCUCACCGCCUCUGGAGCCAUCGAACCUACAAAGCCACACUGCCCCUGCGGAUCUUCUUGACUAUUGUGAACUCUAUGGCCUUCCAGAAUGACAUCUUUGAGUGGGCCCGGGACCACCGUGUCCAUCACAAGUUCUCUGAGACAGAUGCAGACCCUCACAAUGCAAUGCGGGGCUUCUUCUUCUCCCACAUUGGCUGGCUGCUGGUACGCAAACACCCAGAUGUCAUAGAGAAGGGCCAGAAGCUGGACCUGAGUGAUUUAAAAGCUGACAAAGUGGUGAUGUUCCAGCGGAGAUACUACAAGCCCUCGGUUGUGUUGCUGUGCUUCACAGUGCCCACUGUAGUGCCCUGGUACUUCUGGGAUGAAUCCAUCAUCAUCAGCUUCUUCAUUCCAGCCAUCCUGCGCUACACCUUAGGGCUCAAUGCCACCUGGCUAGUGAACAGUGCUGCUCACAUGUUUGGCAAUCGCCCGUAUGAUCAGAACAUCAACCCACGGGAGAACCCGCUGGUCAGCGUGGGGGCCCUAGGAGAAGGUUUCCACAACUACCACCAUACAUUCCCCUACGACUACUCCGCCAGUGAGUAUGGCUGGCGCUUCAAUCUAACCACAGCCUUUAUCGACCUCAUGUGCCUCCUGGGGCUGGCCAGCGAUCGCAAGAGGGUCUCCAAGGAGGUCAUCAUGGCCCGGAAAAUGCGGACUGGAGAUGGGAGUCACAAGAGCGGCUGAGUUCCUUCUUCCCCUCACACACACAUCCACACCUCUCCUUCCUCCUUUUUCUCCCUUUCUCCUUUCCUGACCCCUCCGAACACGCUGGACAAAGGUUUAAUGUUCUGUUUACUAACUACUGAAUAAUGCUACCAGUUUGCUUACGAUAAUGAUAAUGAUUUUUAACCUCCUCCCAUGGUGUAUUUUAUGUGAUGUAUUUAAGACCUGGAGCUCUGCCUUUGUAACACCAGGCCACCCCUUUCCCCCACCCCUGUCCCUUUUUGUUCUCAUUUCUAACUCCUUUGACCUGUCUUCUGCUUUACUUCAUCCCUGCCUCCCCCAGUGGAGGAGCUGGUGGGAAGCAGCCUGGGCCAUUGCAGCCCACUGCAUACCACAUUGCUGAGGGAUGCCUAUGCCAUCCAGCUGAAGAUUUGAGCUGAAGUCAGUGUGACCGUCUCCCCAAAAUUCCCUCCCCUCCUUCCUCUGUCCCUCCUGUCUCAAGGGCUGCUUAUGCUUGGCAUGGCUAAACCACUGUCUGGGAUAAGCAGCCCUGUCCCUUUCCCUUACUGUUGGGUGCAGAGUGUGGGGAGUGGCUCUCCACCUCUCAGCCUUCUGGUGGUAGGAGGAGAGCCUCAAAGGCAUCUGAGAGCUCCAGGCAGAUCUUGGGUGGUUUUGUUGGAUGCUGCCGAGAUUUUGCCAGCAAAUAGGAUGUGCCAAAAUUGAGAGGGGGAGAAGGAUGUAAACCAAAGCUUCACCACUGUAUUAAGCUGCUUUACAUGCUGGAGGAAUAGUAUCCCCACAGAUGUCCCGGUGUCCCUGUAUGACCCAGAGUUUGGGUGCAGGGACACAGGGGACACAGCUGGUAUGGCGAGGGAGCACCUGUGUGCUCAGGAGGGUGUGAGGACAUCUUGGAAGACCUACAAAGCAUGUCUCUCCCUCUGCAUGGGCUCUGCUUGGUCGAUUAACAAGUGCCUGACAAACACCGAGAUAGAGCGAGGCAGAAAGGAGCUGAGGGGUUUUGCAGUCCCUGGCUCCCUGAGGGAUGGGGAUGCACUCUCAAGAGAACACAGGAGAGAACACAGCUCCCUGUUAGUCCCUUAGCUUGCUUCCUGGCUCCCUGUGACUGCCAGCCUGCUGCUCAGCCUGGUGAGCAAGCUGCUGUCCCGCUAUGCAGGCAGCGCGGGUGGUGAGGCAGCGCAAAGGUCGGUUAUAUCACCCGGGCCUGAGACAGCGUGGGCAGGCAGCUGAAGGGUGUGUUGGGAAAAAGAAGUUCCUGUGGGUGUUGUUUCCUGCAAGCUGCACAGGCUGCAGCAGGAGUUCAUGUCAUGGGUGCAGUGGCCCCUCACCAGGCUGAAUGAGCUUUUUAUUUUUUUCUUCCUUAGCUCCCCUCACCAUUAUCCAUUUUUAUUUUUGCAAUUAGUUGUAGCAAUAGUAUCAAUUAUGUUGCUUAAAUGCAUGGAUGGAACCAGAGGAAAGCAUAAGAGGUGACCAGGAAGGGGUAACGUUGGAGCAGAUUGGUGGCAUCCCCCUGGUUCUGGGGGCAGCUCAUCCACCCAGCCCCUUGCCCUGCUCCCCACAGAUCAGCCUGGCAAGCCUCCCUGCAGCCACCCACUAUGGCUUUGCUGCUCUGAGACAUGUGGGAACCAGGACUGCUUUGCAGUGCUCUCUGUAACUCUCUUUAGCUCAAGGCUCUGAAAAGCAGCUCUUCUCCUCUCCUUUCCCUUCCCUGCUGCAGCCUUGUCACUGCUCAUCAGCAGGGCACCUCUGCUCUGGGCCACCAGGGCCGAUGUGGUCUCCAUCUGAGGGCUGUGAUGAGGAGCUCACAGCAUUCCAAAGGUAGCAGCAAUGGGCUGAAGGCAGCAUCCUUACAGCCCUGCUGCUUUGUUGGGGUUAAAGGUGAGAAACACAUUUAGCUCUACAACUGAGGGCUGCCUUCACCAGCCCCCUGUGAGCUCCUUUAAAUCUCCAGAGAGGAUGAGGUGCUCCAGCCAGAGCUGUGAAGGGGGGAAGGUGAGGAGAACAAUUCCUUGCUCCUGGUGCCCUCAGCCACAACAUUCCCUGUGGCAGAGAAGUGUGCGUGACAUGCUGCAACAGCUCACGUCCUCCCAGCAGAGAAAGCAGGGCCUGACUGACACCAAGGGUUCCUUCUGAAUUUCAAGUGCUGAUUUGGGUCCAGAAUCUGGAAUUAGGGUGGAAGCUGAGGAACAGUAACCAAACAGUCCUGGUGUUUGCCCAGUCACUUUCAAGGUAGAUUGGCAAAUAUCUCUGGGUGCCUUAAAUCUUUCUUUAAUAUACAUAGAAGUAUUGACAGCUGUUUGCUGCUUUUUGUUUUGUUGGUUUUUUGGGAUUUUUUUUUUCAUUUUUUUUUCUUUUUUUUUUUUUGCUGAAUUAUGAACAUUUGAGGGGUUUCUUAAUUAUUUAAUUGCCUACAUUGAACUGUGGGUGCAGGUGAUUUUGAAUGUACUUGAGUUAGAAAUUUUUUUGUUAGAUUAAGAAACAGAUAGAACAUUUUAGGUAGACCUCUGUUGGAGAUAUAUAUAUAUAUCUAUAUACACACCUAUAAAUAUAUAUAUAUAUUUUUGGUGGCAUGUUUGUAUCCUGGAUGCAUCGUCUGUAUGUUUAGUGUAAAUGAGUCUGUGAGAGGUGGAAGCGGAUGAGGCGGCAGCGGGGCCGUUCCCUGAGCCCAGGUGAGCAUCUUCCUCACCUGGGGUGAAGCAUCUUCCAGGCCUGUUCCCAGUCCUGGUGGUAUCACAGAGAGCAAGUGUUGGGUGCUCGGGGAAGGACUGGAGAGCUGAACCUACACGCUGCCUGAGCUCUGUCAUUGCUGAGAGUAGGAUAUGAUUUUUCACAGCUUAGGGAUUUCUGCAUAGUAGUAUAGAUCUGUUUUGUGUACUGGAAAAGGAAAGAAAACACAACAACAACAACAACAAACAAAAACCUUUUUGAAAUAAUUUCUACUAAUACGGAAACAAACAUCUGGUUGUGCUGAUCUGGAGUUUUAUUUGUUCAUAAUAAAAAUGUUACUUUAAGA